AUGGAACUUUCGGUCGAAAUUGAAGCGAAAUCGGACCUUCUUGAUGCCACUCAAUCAUGUGAAAUUGUUUCCGACAUUGAGAUGAUCACUGCUCAUCGAGGACGUUCAAAUACUGCCCAAAGGUUGGAAAGACUGAAGGAAGAGAAAAGAUCAGCGGCAAAAACUAAAUAUAUUCAUUAGGAGGACGUCAAAGUGAAUGUUACUGAUGAUGAACUGUCCGAAUUAUUCCCGAGAAAAUGUGAAGAUGAGAUAAAAGAAUCUUCCAGAGAAAGUCUUCCAAAAAAGUCUAUUCUUUCCUUACCGGUGGAAAAAUCUCCUGACAAUCCAUUUAAAGAAUUUGCCAAGUUCGAUGCUCGAGUUGGUGAUAGACGAAGAACCCGAAAUUAUGAGAUCAUUUUACAUAAUAUCGCCGGUGAGCAGAGACUCAAAAUACUCCAAGUGGUCAUUUUUACCAAUGCUCGUGUCAGAGAUUUGAUUGGAUUAACUUGCUGGUUGUACACAAAUGAAGUUAAUGAACCCGAAUUAGAACCAUUAAAAUCAUUGAUGAUCAUCGAUUAUUUCUCGUCCCAUUUCUCUUACCUCUUUUUUAAAGCUCUCCCACCAAAUCGUUUCCCUUUUCUCUAUUUCUAGAACUAAAAACAUCGAUUUUCAUCAAAAUUAUCGCGUCAUCACCGAUAAUCGUAAAUCUAAACAUUCGUCCAUAUCUUACUUUUACCAAAUGAAAUCUCUAUGUCGAUUGUAAAGUUGUCCAGUAUAUUUACUAACUGAGUGAAUAUUGCUGAAAGAAACUUCUCGAAAAAGAAGAACAUUGGCUUUGUUCUCGUACAAACGAUUAACAAAAUCUAUUGAAGGCCGAAAAAGAAUUUGUUGAUACACAUUUAAUGAUAGAACGUAAAAAAACAAUUGAUUUAGAUGAUGAAAAUGCUGAAUGUUGUAGAAUAGAAUCCGUUAGCUUUUAUUGGAAGCGCGAUUUUCAAAAAAAUGCACCCAAAUAACCACAACCUGGAAUUCCAUAUUUUUCGAACGCAUCGUCUACAGCUUGACUAAAUUCCUCUGCAUAUUGAUCUGUGUCUAGUAUUUCCUUUGGCAGAGCAUAGUGUUGCCGCAUUAAUUGAUGAUAUCGCUGAAAAAAAGUUAAUUCAUCCAAUUAUUUUGUUAAUUGAAACUGACCAACUUAGUACCUUGGCAAAUGGAUGACCUUUACAAUCCUCGCAUUUUACUUGGAAAGGUGAUAUUUUCUUGGUCAUGGUAGCUUCAGAUGAAAUUGGCGUGAGAUAUGAUUGAGGUGAGGUAGAAGAUGGUGAAGAUGACCCAGGAAGAUUAUAAAUAACAGGUUUAGAAGAUACUAGAAAUAGAAGCUGAUUAAAUAGAUUUAAAUUAAAUCAUUUAA